AUGGGAGCCCAUCGACAUUUUGACCCGAUAUCAAAGUGUAGCACGGACGGCCGGUCGAGCCAGACAGUGGCGGCAGACCUAGACGGCACGCUCUUGCUCUCGACUAGCGCUUUUCCUUACUACAUGCUCGUGGCCUUAGAAGCCGGCAGCCUUUUCCGAGCCGUGCUACUAUUGGCUUCCGUCCCUAUAGUCUACUUCGUCUACCUAUUCGUCUCGGAGGCACUCGCGAUCCAGACACUGAUCUUCGUCGCGUUCUCGGGCCUCGAGAUCCGCGAAAUCGAACUCGUGGCCCGGUCGGUCCUGCCUAGGUUUUACGCCGAGGACGUGAACCCUGACACGUGGCGCGUUUUCGACUCGUUCGGGAAGAAGUGCAUCGUGACCGCGAACCCUAGGAUCAUGGUGGAGCAUUUCUGCAAGAACUAUUUGGGCGCGGACAAGGUGCUCGGGACCGAGUUGGAGGCGACGUGCUCGGGACGGGCCACGGGCUUUUUGAGAAAACCGGGCGUGCUCGUCGGGGCACACAAGAGGACGGCAGUCUUGAGGGAGUUCGGGCCGGGUAAUUUGCCCGAUUUGGGCCUUGGAGAUAGAGAGACGGAUCACGACUUCAUGUCCAUAUGCAAGGAGGCAUAUAUGGUGCCUCGUACAAAAACCGAACCACUCCUGAGGAACAAACUCUUGUCCCAAGUCAUAUUCCACGAGGGCCGCUUAGUACAAAGGCCCACUCCAUUAGUGGCACUUGUCACCUUCCUAUGGAUGCCACUUGGCAUCAUCUUGUCCCUUGUUAGGGUCUACCUCAACAUCCCCUUGCCCGAAAGAAUCGUACGGUACACGUACGCCGCCCUCGGGAUCAAGCUCAUCGUCCGGGGCAACCCUCCCCCGCCUCCCAAGUCUGGUGGCGGCGUAUUGUUCGUCUGUAACCACCGCACGGUGCUCGACCCGGUGGUCACGGCGGUCGCUCUCGGUCGAAAAAUUAGCUGCGUGACUUACAGCAUAAGUAAGUUCUCGGAGCUGAUUUCGCCGAUUAAGGCGGUGGCCUUGUCGAGGGAGAGGGAUAAGGACGCGGCGAACAUCCGACGACUGUUGGAGGAGGGCGAUUUGGUCAUCUGCCCCGAGGGAACCACAUGCCGGGAGCCGUUUCUUCUGAGGUUCAGCGCGCUUUUCGCGGAGUUGAGCGACAGGAUCGUUCCGGUGGCGAUCAGGACGAGACAGAGCGUCUUUUACGGGACGACGACACGCGGGCACAAGGUGUUGGACCCGUAUUUCGUGUUCAUGAACCCCAGGCCGACGUACGAGAUCACGUUUCUGGAGCAGCUGCCGAUCGAGCUGACCGUCAGAGGUGGGAAAUCGCCGAUCGAGGUCGCGAAUUAUAUUCAGAGGGUUCUGGCCGGGACUUUAGGGUUUGAGUGCACGAAUUUGACGAGGAAGGAUAAGUACGCGAUGAUGGCGGGGACUGACGGGCGCGUGGAGUCGAAGAAGGAGAAUGGGUGUGAAGGAAAAAAGUGA